AUGAUCCGAGCUAUUCCUAGUAACGCAUCAGACAAUAUCUACUGCACACUUCUUGCACAAAGCGCUGUUCAUGGCGCCAUGGCAAGAUACACAGGCUUCACUGUCGGACCUGUAAACAGCAGACAUGCUUAUAUUCCAAUUGGCGUGAGCACUCCUAUUCCUUG